GCCACACAGUCUAUUUUGUCCAUGUGUCCAGGGGUCUUCUGUCCAGGUUAACUGAUGCUUCCACCGUUCCUUCUAAAGAAGCUGUUCUAGACGGGUGUGGGCUACACAGUUGUGAUACCGGGGACUUUUAAAUGAAGACGCUGGAACCUCACCACAUACCGAAAUAGUUCUUCCCUUCAAAAUCAUCUUGGGAAGGACUGUACUUAAUCCAACAAUUCUACCAUAGCUGAAAACAUCUCUGGGAUCUCAGAUAGUGUUUAAACCUAACUAGUUACCCUGUAUCUUUGGCCUAAAACAGUGUAGUGCCUCUUGACCACUCAUUUACUUUCUCACCAGACUUGGCUUCCGGUGACUGUUGGCCAUUUCCAAAAUACCAGACAUAGCCUCGAAGGAUGAAAAGCUGCCUUCACUGAGGUUAGAUUCUCCCCCUGGCUCAGGCAGCCCUUUCCAAAGAAUUUCAAGAACGACUGAGCCACGGUGGGUGGAGGUAUGAGCCUACAACUCCCUGGCGGGACUACGUAGAGGGACAGCAGGCAUUUGGAUGUGUAAGUUCUGGGUUUUAUUUUUAAAGCAGUCAUUGUUUUAUAGCCACGCUUAGCACAGAGGAACGCAAUCCGACGACUGGGGACCUUCAGCCAGCACCAGCUGAGCAGGGAGGUUGAGUAGCUGAGGCUUUUCUGGAAAACAGCCAUUCUGGGUGCAGACAAAAUUGGGGGCUGGGCUGAGGCUGGGGAUGCAUGUUCUUAGUCACCUGCUUCCCCUGGGAGCUAGGUCCUCCUCCCUUAACUUCCUGUAUUGACCAGGAAGAAGCGAGGUGGUGACCUCACCAUCUUUAUAUGUCACGGUUCAUAUGAGGCUACACCUUCAUCACACUCCACACACCUCCCUCCCUCCGAUGUAACUGGGAUCUCUCUAUCCUGCCUCCCAGAAGCUCCCCCUGUAUCCUCCUAAGGGUCUCAGGCUCCUCCCUUGGUUUGAUUCUGGUAGGCCACUGAGGAGAAGCAGCUGAAAAGGAAAGAGUGGGAGAAAAAGACAGAAGAGGGCCAAGAGAAGGAGACAAGACAGUGAAAGCAGAAGUGUGCGGGAGCUAGGAGGAGGGAGGGGAGGAGGACAAUAUGCGCUGAUGCUCACAGCCCUUCCCUCCCACAGCUAAGGGCUCUGCCCUCUCACAGUGGCCAUGUCGGAAGGGGAGAGCAAGGAGAGCUCGGGCAGCGAGUGCCCUGUGUGCUACGAGAAGUUCCGGGAUCUGGAGGGUGCCAGCCGGACACUGAGCUGCGGCCAUACGUUCUGCCAUGACUGCCUUGUCAAGUACCUGCUUUCCACUCAAGUGGACGGGCAGGUCCAGAGGACCAUCGUCUGCCCCAUCUGCCGCUACGUCACCUUCCUCAGCAAGAAGAGUUCUCGCUGGCCCUCCAUGCUGGACAAGAGCUCCCAGACCCUGGCUGUGCCCAUAGGCCUGCCCUCUGUGCCACUGCCGGACACUCUGGGCCACACAAACCCCCUGGCCAUCUCCCAGCAUGUCUGGAGACCACCUCCAAGCCAAGUGAGGCUGCCAGGCAGCCCAAGUCACAGUGCCCAGCUGCCCUUGGACCUGCUGCCCGGCCUUCCCCGGGAGCCUCAGAUCUUCAUCAUCAGUCGCCACGGGAUGCCCCUGGGGGAGCAGGACACUGUCCUGCCACGGCGCAGCCUAGCAGAGCUCUCGGAGGCCUCUCCUGCACCCAGCUCCACCAGGUCAUUCUGCUGCCGGUCGCGGGCCUUGCUGCUCAUCACCCUCAUUGCUGUGGUGGCUGUGGUGGCCGCCAUCUUGCCCUGGGUCCUGCUGGUGAGGAAGCAGGCAUGAGUGAUGGCACCUGAAGGGGCCGCCAAGAGCUGCUUUUGGAGCCGUCCUGCUCCACACAGCCAGGCUGGCUGUGGUUCAGGAGGGGGCAGAGGCCCUCAGUGCAGACCUGGUCCAACCAAGCUCUAUGGGGUGGGCAGGCAGAGGGAGGACCUGGAGCAGAGAAGGGCAGUUGAGGUGGUGUUAGAUUGGAAGUAUCACGGCAUUCCCUCCACCUCCAGCUCCUCAUUCCCAGCAGAGGGAUUAGGAAAGACAGGCAGGUUGGGGGCUGGUGAUCUCUGAGGCUAGAGUUGAGACCAGAAGCUGAGCCCUGGGGUAUAAUGAAAACCUCAGGUCCGGGCCAAGGUGAAAAUGUGCAGAUAAACCCUCUCCCCACCCCGCCUCCCCAAAAAACCCACAGCUGUGGCCCUGUGAGUAUCCUUAGCAGAUACUCCUCCCUUCCUUUAAACUGGACCUAAGCAGAGUGGGAAGAUGGGUGGUUCCUACUUUCCUGUGGCAUCACCAGCCCUGAGGCGAAGACCUUACCUGUCAGGUGAGCUCCUGGAAGCUAGGUGGGCCUCCCCGGGGAUAAGGAAGGUCUGCUCGAAUAUGUCCUGCUGGAUGGGGCCCAGUGGCUUCUCUCCUCCAGGCUACAAUUCCCUCCCAGAAUUCUGUGGCUUCUCUCAGGAACAAACAGAAGGGGUGGCACAGGGGCUGAAAGCAACCAUCCACAACCCUCCUGGCCGGGCUCUCCUUCCCACCUCCAAGUCCUUCUCCCAGCCCCCAAACGACCGACCUGUAAGGUCUUCCCUGAAGGAGAAGCUGGCCUCAGAUCAUGGCUAUGACCCAGGAUUUCUGGGGGGCAUAACAGCAAAGGGUCUUCCUGGGAGCUAAGGCCACAUCAGGAAACAGAGAUGUAUUGAUUUAGGCUGAGGCCAGCCCAUUGGCCCACAACUGGAGUCAGAGGUCUCCCAAGGCCCCUGGGCCAAGGAGUGGUCCCAAUUUUGAAUCUUGGCGUUCUCAAGGGUGAACUGGAAGGCAGGGAAUGGAGGCGAAGCCUGAGAGCUGAGACUUGAGUCAGCAGAGAACUAUGUGGACAAAUUAACCCCUGGUGUCUCCCACGUCCCUCCCAGCCCAAGUCCUCCUCCUCAUGACCCAACCAUUCAUUAGAGGCCACACCAGCUGGGCCAGUUUCCGAGGUGGAUUCCCAGGCUGGGUGAGGAAGGGUGGGGAAGAAAACAGAUGUGCCUGUCAGGGACGCUACUAUCCCAAUGAAUGCUGACCCAGGAAUUGUUGGCUGCUUGACAAGGCCUGGUCACCUAGAGAUCCCACCCUGGAUUGUGCUGGGAGUGCUUGAUGAAGACCACCAGGAAAGCCUCAGAUUGGGUGUUGCCUGAGGAGAGAGUCGUUCAGGAACAACUAUUUGUUAUUCAUUGAGGCCUAUAAGUCAACCCCAUAAGAUUAAGAACAACAGAAGCCUCCAGCUAUCCUCUCAAUAGAUGCAUGUUCACACCCCAGGUGUGCCAACAGCUGAGGUUUCCAUGACCUAUAACUCUCUCUGCUGAGUUUGUUCUCUGUGGGGAAAGAAAUUAGCGACCUGCCUCUUAUCUAGUUCCUAAAUGCCUGUGUGGUUGCUGUCAAUUGUCAAGUCAGUUCUGACUCUGACUCAUGGCAACCCCAUACGUGCAGAGAAGUGUGUUCCAAAGGGUUUUCAAGGCUGUGGCCUUUUGGAAGCAGAUGGCUAGGCUUGUCUUCUGAGGCACCUCUGGGUGGGUUCAAACCACCAACUUUUCUUUCGGCUAGUAGUCAAGAGCUUAACUGUUUGUGCCACCCAGAAACCUUUGUAGUAGAGGCCAUUUGGGGACCAUUAGACAAUAGAAUCCCCCUACAGGAGCUAUGUGGGCCAUAAUGAUAGCUGACAUGGGCUUCUUUGUGCUCUUUUCAAGACUAAAAAAGAGCAGAGGGCGCCAUUGGGGGGAUAUAGAUAGAUUCCAUGGGAAAAAAAAAAUUUAGUAUAGGAAUAAAAAAUUGUAAAUUUUAAAAAGACUCUAAAUGAGCCUGUUUUAACCUCAGUCAAGCUACCUUAAACCAAAAAUGUGAAACAAAACCCAUUGCCAUGGAGUCAAUUCCAACUCAUAGUGACCCUACAGGAGAAGAACCACCCCACAGGGUUUCCAAGGAGCGGGUGGUGGAUUUGAACUACUGACCUUUCGGUUAGCAGUCAAGCUCUUAACCACUGCACCACCAGUGCUCCCUGCCUUAACAGUGUCAUGAAUUUCUGGGGACCUGAUUUUAGUCUUCAGAUUUUGUUGUGUUUGCCAAAGGUUUAUUUCAAAAUACCUGUAGUGUUUUCGUAUUGUUCAGCAGUGGCUUGUAGAUUGCACUUCUUUUAUUUUCAAAGAAUGUCAAGAAGUUAUUUUUUAAAUAAAGGCAUAUAUUUUCUCAAAGGCUCCAGAAACUUUACAAUGUAUGUGGGAAGCUGUUUGCUUCAACCUUUCAGAUAGUUUGUCUUAGAUGAAAAAGAUGGUUCAAAGAAGAAAACAGAAAUGACUCUUAACUAUUUAUUCAGUCACACUUGUGAAAGAAACGCAAAUUAAAAUUCUGCUGCCAGAAUGUUUUAUACUGAUUAGAUCGUCCAAUCCUGCUGGUGAGGCUCAGGGGAAGCACGUGAGUUGUGGCAGGAAUGUAUAUUAGUAAAGCCCCCCCGAAGGGGAAUUUGACAACAUCUAUCAAACUUUUUACUUUGACCCAGCAAUUCCUAUUUUAAAAACCUAUCCUCGAAAGGACUCAUUUAUUGAUUUUAGAAAGUAUCCAUGCAUACUCGCAUCUAUGGGCAGUGACAAAUGUACAUACAACGUUAUGUAAUUGCAGCAGUAUUUAUAAUAACCCAAAAUUGGGAAAAUCCUAACUGCCAAUCAAUAGGGGACUGGCUGGCUAUACAACUUAACCAAAAAAAAAAAAAACCCAGUGCUGUUGAGUCAAUUCUGACUCAUAGUGACCCUAUAAGACAGAGUAGAGCUGCCCCAUGGAGUUCCCAAAGAGCGCCUGGCGGAUUCGAACUGCCGACCCUUUAGGUUAGCAGCCGUAGCACUUAACCACUACACCACCAGGGUUUCCAUACAACUUAAGGUAAGUAGAAUAUCAUACAGCUGGACAAGGAAUAAGGAAGAACUCUAAGAACUGGCAGGGAAAGAUCUCCAAGAUACAAUGGCAAAUGGGAAGAAGCAACAUGUGGGACCCUGGUUGUCAGAUGCUACAAUUUGUGCAGAAAGGAGGAGAACAAGAAUCUACAUUUAUAUUUCCUUACAUAAAGAAAUUGGAAAGAGACACCCGCACCUAAAAAAAAACAGUAACAAUGAUUAGCUGGGGAAGGAAAUGAAGAAACGAGGGCACCAGAGGGAGAAUUUUCACUUUAUAGUUUAUCCCAAUAAACCCAAUGUUUGAUUUUUGAACCAAGUAAAUGUAUUACUUAUUCAGAAAUUAAAUUUAAAAAUCAUCUUAGAAGCAAAAGACAUCUACACAGCACACACCUGUUGCCUGGGGAGGAGACAGCCCCAAAAACAUUCCACAGCUGCCAAACCACUUGGCCUGUGGUUCAAGAGUGUCAGCUACUGGCUCAGUGGAACUGGUUUAUCUGGCGAGAGGUAUGACAUUAUAUACACAGCAGCCACUCCAAGAAGGCAGGUAGAAAUUUUCAUAUUUUCAGUGUUCCUAAGUUCCUUUGGAUUUCUUUGGAGCCCAUCAUUUAAGGUGCUUAUUUGGAUUCUACCUUCUCUACCUUUCCUCUUCUUUCUCAAAUAAAAUCUUCUGCUAUAAGUAACCACCUUGGGGUCAGGGCACUACAGGAAGAUGCCAUUGACUAGAUGGAAAGGUAGGUGGGUGAGUGGAUGGUGGGUGAAUGGAUGGAUGGGGUUAAACAAGAGCCUUGUUGCUCUUCUCUCCCAUCCCUUGUCCAGAGUGCCUCACACACGUGUGUUUGCGUGUACGCGCACGCACACACACACCUCCCACCAUCACAAUAAUCUUUAAUGCUAAUACUACCAAGCAAAGGAGCCCACAACAUUGUUGGCUGGGACCUGGGUCUGGGUUGCCCCUCAGAGAUGUUUCCAUGACCUCUGGCUUCACUGAACCCUUCGGAUGAUGUAUAGACCAUUUCUGCUGCUAUCUUCCAUUCUUCCUUUGACCUCCUUAUCAGACCAAAAGUUCUUGGCGGGGGGCGGGGGGGGCCUUAAAUAAACAACUUUGCCUCAUGUUCACGACCCUCCCCCUUCCCUCCAUCCUCCACUUACCCAGUAUAAACUGUUAACUCCGUAACUAAUUCUCAUCCCAUACUACUUGCAGUU